AUGUUUCGCGCUCAACAGAACGCUUUCGACGAUGCCGUCGCCAAGGCGACGGACGAGAACCUGACCUCCGAGAACUGGGAAUACAUCCUCGAUGUCUGUGAUAAAGUCGGUUCUGAGGAAUCUGGCGCGAAGGAGGCUGUUGCUGCUAUGAUCAAGCGACUGGCUCACAGGAACGCCAAUGUGCAGCUUUACACUCUGGAGCUUGGUAACGCGCUAUCACAGAAUUGUGGUCCGAAAAUCCACCGGGAGCUGGCCUCAAGGAGCUUUACGGAUGCUAUGCUACGAUUGGCGGCUGACCGGAAUACACAUCAACAAGUGAAGUCUAAAAUCCUUGAGCGAAUGGAAGAAUGGACUGAAAUGUUUGCGUCCAACCCGGAUUUCGGAAUCAUGGAACAGGCCUAUAUGAAGCUGAAGACUCAAAACCCGAAUCUCCAACCACCAUCUAAACCCGUGAAGCAACAGAUCACAGACGUGGAUAGACAGAAAGAAGAGGAGGAGCUCCAGAUGGCGCUUGCACUUUCCGUCAAAGAGAGAAAACCUGUCCCUACCCAGGCGUCUUCAUCUGCUGCUGCAGCUAGCGCAUCCACUCCUACACCUGCACCGGCCACUGUGGCAGAAGAGCCCGCGAUUCCUCAUCCUGUCCCUCCUGGGACUUCAGCGGCUACCGUCUCGCGAGGCGAUAUAAUUGCUGUUUUGGAGUCAGUCUAUAAAGAUUGGUGGAAGGGUUCCCUGCGGGGCCAGACCGGAAUUUUCCCUCUCAACUACGUCGAGAAAUUGGCCGACCCGACAGUUGAAGAGCUCCAUCGCGAGGCGCAGAUGGAAGGAGAUGUUUUUGGUCAAAUUAAGAACGUCGAGAAGCUCCUCACACUACUGAGCACUCGCAGCUCCGAUCUCAACGUGCAGGAAAACGAGGAAAUCACUACACUCUACCACUCAACCCUCGCUAUCCGACCCAAGCUUAUCGAGUUGAUUGGGAAAUACUCGCAGAAGAAAGAUGAGUUCACUCAGCUCAAUGAGAAAUUCAUUAAGGCUCGCCGAGACUACGAAUCCCUAUUGGAGGCUUCAAUGGCCCAGCCAGUACAACCCCAGUACGGACGACAAGGACAGCCGCAGUAUGGCUAUCCUGGUGCGGCUCCUGGUGCGGCUCCUGCUGGAUAUCCCCAAGGUCCUCCUCCACAAACCGACCAGCGUUACUUCAGCCCUCGCCCUCAAGAAACGCAACCCCCGCAGCCUCAAGGUACGCCUUUCUACGGUGCAGAGCAGCAGGCCAUGCCGUACCGGCCCGCAUCCCACUCCCCGGACCCUCGAGCCCAGUAUGCCGGAGCGCAGCCUUUGCAGCCACAACAGACACCGCAGCAAGCGCCGCCUUCCGACCCAUACCAGCAAUCCAUGCAUCAUCGUCCCCAAUCUACCUACGAUCAUCCCCAAGAACUAGGCACAUCUGUAUACGACUCGCCUGUUGACCAACACAAUGUUGGAGGACGUCCUCCUUACCCUCCUACCGGUCAAGCUCCGCCGAUUGCCCACCAACAGUUCCAACAACAGCAGCAACAAGAUUAUUCCCAGUCUGCUUACCCUGCCGAUGACUCUGCUCAGCUGCCAUCAGCCCCCGGAAUGGCACCUGUCCAGCAACCCAGCAACCAUUUCCCCCGCAGCCGCAAUCCCAUGCUCCCUACCCAGACUCACCAAGCGUUCAGCAACAAGCGCCGUCCCACCAAGCGCCGCCAGUGCCAGGUGCCGGACCUCCUCCGUCCCAAUACACCGCUUUCAACCCGGCUCCUUCAGCUCCUGCUGGCGGCGCCGAGUACCAGGCAUACCAGCCUGCACCGGCUGGGGCGCCUGCGUCGAACCCAGCAUCCUUCUACAGAUAAGCAGAGGGGUUGCUUGUGGAUAGCUGCUCGAAGAAGUCCUGAAUAUUAUGUCAUCUUGCCUUUGCUCGGAAUUGCGCCGUGA